AUGCAUCGCGACGUGUUAGAAAAGGAACGAUUAAUGCAAAGACAUGAAAAGCAUGUAAAGAAUAAUGUGGUCGAUAAUGUAAUAGCUGAUCUUACAUGCACGGGUCAGGGCAAAACGUACCUUAGGAAGUACGAAGCCGCGUUCGAGGACUACAAAACCAGAGAAGGGGAAAAACUCAAAUCCUUCAUGAAAAUUGAAAAUAGGAGGAAGGAGAACCUCCAAAGAAAUGAAGAAAGGUGGCAACUAGCGGAAGUGAAUGCACAAAAAGAAAAGGACAAGACCUGUGCGCUACAAAAAAUGCCAUUCAAAAGCGAGAAGAAUAAAACUAAGUGCCACCACGACAUCAUCAACCAUGAGUACCUCAAUUAUAAUGAAUCCAUCAAAAUGGAAAUGAAAAAAAAUAUUUGCGUGAACAACAGGAGAAACUACUUGUCCCACAAGAUGAGCGGAUCCUACAAUCCCAUCACGGGGGAAAAAAGAAGCUGA